AAGAAUAUUAUUAGAAUUAUAAUAUUUUGACAGUGGCUUGCUUUGGCAGUUGGUACAAUUUAUAUUAGAUGAACGCAGCUAAUUGCAGAAAUCAUUUCGUCUUAUCAAAAUAUUUGGCGAUUUUUUUAAUCAAGGACAUUUUAUUAAGUUUAUUCGAUGUAAUUACGAUUAAAUGAUAAAUUCUCCGGUAUCAUGGAGGAUGAAAUUGAGGAAUGUAUUAGAAAAAAGAUCCAGUGGGGGCAUUUACCAGCAACAGUGAAAAAGCUGCUAGGCGAUUCUCCAAAGGAAUAUGAAAGAUACAUAUUUGAAUUCAGUAUUAAAAAUCAAUUAAGGUACCGAGGCAGUCUGGUGAGAACAGUCCGGAAAGAUGAAAAGAAGUACUAUGAGACUCUUGUGCAGAACAGCAUACAGCGGCUCAUGCUCUAUCCCUAUCACCUAGCCGACAUGAUUGUAAAAGGUUUAAGGAUAACACCAUUCAUCUACUAUGUGGAAGUGGUAGCACUUCUCAUAGAGAUGGAGAAGAGCUAUGACACUAUGCCCAACUUCACUGCUGCUGACUGCCUCAGACUGCUAGGCAUAGGCCGCAACGAAUACCUUGAGUUGGUGGCAAAGGCCCGUUCGCUGGGCCGCCGCGGGCGCUCCAAAGCCAUCCGGGCGUUGCUGCCGCGGGUCCCCCUCAAUAUACCAAUGCAGCCCUGGUGGAGGGUGGAGCUUGGAUACGUCUUGGAAGAUGACGUCAAGCCUUUGAGUGAGAGCGAGAAGGCGCUAAUAGAUUUGCUAAUCGACCGCGGCUCGCAGACCGCAGGCACCCUCGACUACAAUAUCGUCAAAACGCUGUACAGACGCGGGCUGAUCUACCUAGACGUGCCGAUCACGGCGGCGGACCGCGUGUCGGUGCCGCCGCUCAAGGGCUUCGUGAUGAACCGCGUGGCGGGAGAUUACUUCGAGACGCUGCUGUACAAGGUCUUCGUGUCUGUGGAUGAGCACACUAGUGUUGCUGACCUGGCUUCUGUGCUGCAGGUGGAGUGCGAGCUGGUGAAGCAAGCAGUGUCGUUAUACUGCCGGCUGGGCUUCGCACGCAACCUGCAGCCGCCGCCCGCCGCGCCGCACCACCCCUCCUGGCGCGACGCGCUAACCACGCACCACCACCAGCCGUACAGACAAAUCACACCACUAACCUUCGACCCCAGCGGUGACGAAGAAACGUUACAAAUGGAGCCGGUGCUCAUAAAACAAGAACCGUCUACCUCCAAACAGAAUUAUGAAGAGCCAACCGAACCAUCUAAUAAUGGUGGUAGUGCAGGCAGAAGAGUGGCUGUUCUUUUUGACUCUACGCUAGCAGCAUACCUUAUGAUGGGGAACCUGUCACCGGAUCUCAAAAGUCAUGCGGUGACGUUGUUUGAAGUCGGAAAACUGUGUGAUGAGAGCUUGGACAGUUUACUUAUGGAAUUAGAUAAGGUGGUCGCCGACCCCGAGAUAGAGGGCGAGGCGCGCCGUUAUUUGGCGGCGGCCGCCUGCCUGCGUGUAGCGCUGCGAACGCUGCGCCCGCGACUCCGCCCGCUAGACUUGCUGCGCUGUGAAGCGCUGCAUGCGCUUGGGGCGCAGGCGCGCGCUCGGCUACUGGCCACUAAGUAUAGGCUGGCGAUAUCGACGGCGCCGCUGUGCAGGGAAGCACGCGCAGGGGCGGCGGCCGGCUCGCUGCCGCACGUGGGGCCCGCGCCGCCCGAAGCCGCCACGCCCUGGAUGCGCCUCUACCUCUACCACGUGGCCGGCUACGGGCCGCCCACGCUGCUGCUCACCAAAGGCACAGUGCUGCGCUGCAUCCCGCGCGCGCUUCUAGGCUACUCGCGGCUGGCGGUGUCGUGGUGGGGCGCGGAGGCAGCGCUCGAAGGCGGCACUGCGCUGCCCGCCGCCGCCGCUCUCGCCGCAGCAAAUUCGGCGCUUAGGCGCGGCCCUGUGUUACUACAGGCGGCUGGUGUGCGACAAGCUGCAUCCUUCACACAUAUCAUGUUCCCACCUGAAAACGACGAACGGUAUGGCAAUGACCCAUACCAAUCGCUGUGGUACCGUCACGCGGGGCUCCGACGAUUGCUGCAGCGGCUACGACUGACGCGCAGCGCGGGCUACGUCACGCUGUGCGACAUCGGCGUGCCCGACCUCGGCUGCGCGCGCCCGCCGCCCGCCGUGCAGCUGCUACCGUCUAGAAAGAAGAAAGACGUCUGCGGCAUUGCGAAACCUGUCAGCGAGAUAUCACUUUCCUCCAAUGAUUCCACAGAAAAAACUGCCGCCGACUACUCAAAAAGGUUACAGUCGCCCAUAGAGUCCCACUUCGCCGUCACGCCGACCAUCGACAGUAAAACUAGUUCCCCUGCCAAUGGAUUCACUAGUGUGGAAUGCGGGCAGCUACUUUGCGAGGAAUUAGACAAUCUAGCAAUCGAUGACGAUUCGAAACAGACGCAUCAAAGCAAGGAAUCGAUCGCGGGCUCAGACGACAUCGUCCAAAUCAACUCGUCGUCCACCAGCAUCGAAGACUUGAAAGAAAAAAGCGAUCUCAAGAAAAACUCCUUAGAAAAUUCCACGAGCAAAGAAUCGAUAAGUUUUUCAGAUGAUUUGGUUGCGAUAAACUCGACGUCGAUCAGCGUGGAGAAUUUGAAAUUCGAUAGCAAGAAAGGAAGUGAUACCGCGAGCGAGAAGUCGAUGAGCCAGUUGAACGAUUUGUUGAGUCCGGCGGAGGAGUCGAUAUCGAUGUUUACGCAGUUAUCGAACAAACUAACGGAGAUUACAGCAGAGGGUGAUAGCGGGGUUGACACCACGCACAAUUUGUCAGACGACGAAACUUGUAAACCCGAGAAAUGGACUAUCCUUGAUCUGCAGUUCGGUAUCCCGUUAUUUGACGAGGUGCUGUGCGAAAAAAUAUGCCAAUGUAUAGUCGAAAGGAUAGCCAAACCUGACUUGUUUGAGAAAGUGAAAGAAGACAAUGACUUCAUUCGUUCUGAUGUCCUGAAAUUCGUGUCACAAUGCCAAUACUAUCCUGGCGAAGACAUGGGUAUAGUAAAACGAGGUACACUAGUGCCUUUACCCCGAAGAAACCUCGUUUUCGAGAACGGGAGAAUCAGCGAGUGGGCCGGCAAAUGAUACCGUCCCGCUCGCACGCGCCAUAUCCACCCAUCGAGAAACGCUUUUGAAAGAGACAGCUAUUUUUGUGGAGUUCUUUUUCAAACUUUACUGGAUAGUGAUCGUGUAAUUGGUUACAAUAAUGUAGCUAGUUUUCAGGCAGUAGAGAUUGUUUACAUACAAAAUGAAAAGCAUACAGGUGUUAUAGAUUUUAAUAUGUUGAUUUAGAGCACAACUUAUGUUAUUUUGGCUUGUCUAAAAGCUUAAUAAAGCAUUUUUUUUAUAACUGACUAUUAUAAAUUAAAAUAACUGUAAUACAAUUUCUUUUGUAAAUAAGUUUCCUAGUAUUAUUAUAACAUAUACUUGCAAGUUUUUAUGCAGAUAGCCAUUUUUUUGUUUCAUCUAUAAUAUUAUUUUAUUUAAUGAAUCCUAAUGAAAA